UUGGAGGCUGGUAUUGAGAGAGAGAGAGAGAGAGAGACUCAGGGUCCCAGGAGGCUCGACGUCUCCGCCCUCGUGCGCCUGCUCCGGCCAAAUCACCAUCCCGCGGCCGCUCCCGCCGGAGACCCGCCUGACUGCCGGCCCCGCAACAGGCCAGGGAGUUAGCGGAUUGAGCUAUCUUCUUAAGGGGUACGUGAUAUAUGCAUCCCAUCCCGGGGUCCCGAUCUAUUGAGACGCCUCCUCGCCACGAAAUUGUGCCUUGGAGCGAUUCGGCGUCUCGUUAGUUAGGCGUCCGCUCCGAUAGUGCUCCCCUCCUGCUUUUACUUCAUCCACGCUGGUUGGAACAAGAUAAAUGCAAAGAUGCAGGUUGCCAAGUGAUACUUGCUUCUAUCGAUAGUCUUUCGUGCUGAUAGCAAAACAAUUUCAGGGAAGCAGUGACAAUGGACGAGAUUCAAAACUGUGUGGUGAAGCUGCGGAGCAAUCCUACGCAGCACAGGGAUAAAGUGUAUGUUGGCUGUGGGGCUGGAUUUGGGGGAGACAGGUCAAUGACUGCUUUGAAAUUGCUGCAGGGAGUGAAGGAGCUUAACUACCUAGUGCUCGAGUGUUUGGCAGAGCGAACUCUUGCAGAUCGCUACCGAAUUAUGGCGUCAGGAGGGAAAGGAUAUGAUCCCCGAGUCAAAGAGUGGAUGUCUGUGCUUCUACCUUUGGCUUUGGAACGGAAAGUUUGCAUAAUAACUAACAUGGGUGCAAUGGAUCCUCUUGGAGCACAGAAAGAAGUACUGGACCUGGCAUCUAGUCUGGGACUGGAGAUAACAGUAGCUGUAGCUUAUGAAUCAUCCAUUAAAACUCAAGGAAGCUCUCUAUCGUCCGAUGAAUCAACAGGAAUGGGAGGGGGCAGAAGCACAUAUCUUGGGGCAGCUUCCAUUGUACAUUGCCUGGAAAAUUAUAAACCACAUGUUGUCAUUACUUCUCGGGUUGCUGAUGCUGCGCUCUUCUUAGCACCUAUGAUCUAUGAAUUAGGUUGGAACUGGAGUGACAUGGAGAAGUUGGCACAGGGGACAUUAGCUAGCCAUCUUCUGGAAUGUGGCUGUCAACUCACUGGAGGAUAUUUCAUGCACCCUGGAGAUGCAUAUAGGGAUUUUUCUUUUGAGCAACUUCUGGAUUUGUCUCUUCCAUAUGCCGAAGUAAGUUAUGGAGGAGAAGUUUUGGUUGGGAAGGCAGAUGGCAGCGGAGGUCUUUUGAGCCACAGUACAUGUGCAGAACAGCUUCUUUAUGAAAUUGGAGAUCCUGCAAACUACAUUACUCCUGAUCUGGUUGUAGAUUUCUGUGAUGUGCAGUUCCACCAAAUAUCAAAAGACAAGGUCUACUGUAAAGGAGCAAAACCAUCUAAUGCUUGUCGGCCUGAGAAACUCCUUCAGUUAUGUCCUACUGAUGGUGGAUGGAAAGGCUGGGGAGAGAUAUCAUAUGGGGGGCAUCAAUGUUUAAAGCGUGCUCAGGCAGCAGAAUACCUUGUUCGGUCAUGGAUGGGUGAAAGAUAUCCUAGCAUUGAUGAAAAAAUUGUUUCAUAUAUCAUGGGCUAUGAUAGUUUGAAAGCUAUUGGAGGUGACAAGAAUAGUUACUCCGCCAAGCAAGUAAUGGAUGUUAGACUUCGGAUGGAUGGUCUCUUCGAGCUUGAAGAGCAUGCUUCUCAAUUUGUUGAAGAGUUCAUUGCUCUCUAUACAAAUGGUCCAGCUGGUGGUGGCGGCAUCAGCACUGGACAGAGGAAAGAAAUCAUUCUUCAAAAAAUGCUGGUUAGUAGGGAAAACAUCUUCUGGCGAGCACAUGCAAACAAGGCAAGCAUUCCUUACUCGGAUUCUAAAACUGGUAAAAUGCAUGUUUUACAAGCACACAAAAAGCCAACAAAUCGGGCAGUGGGCAUUCAACACUUCGACGCAAGCAUGGAUACACCACCAUCCCCUGUUCCUGCUUCACCUAGGAAAAAGUUUGCUCUCUACCAUAUAGCCCACAGCAGGGCCGGAGAUAAAGGGAAUGAUAUGAAUUUCUCCAUCAUUCCUCAUUUCCCAGACGACAUUGGCCGUCUUAGGACAGUAAUCACUCCGGAUUGGGUGAAGAAUGCUGUUUCACCCCUACUUGAUUCCUCGUCAUUUCUUGAUGAUCGAGCAAUCCAGCGUCGAAACAAUCUGCUUGAGCGUGUCCAUGUUGAGAUCUAUGAUGUCCCAGGAAUCAGCUCUCUGAACGUUGUGGUGAGGAAUAUCCUCGAUGGCGGUGUGAAUUGUUCGAGAAGGAUAGAUCGCCAUGGGAAGACUCUGUCAGAUCUCAUAUUGUGCCAAGAAGUUAUCUUGCCCCCAUGACUGGUUGAACCACCAGACGCUGAUUGUUACAUGACUUGGGGAGCUUGUAUGAACUUUGAAAACCUUGGCGUGCUACUUGUAAUGGCAUAGAAGAACCGAGUUUGUAUGAACUUCGAAAAAUCCUGGCGUGCUAAUGUCAUCUUGUAAUCACCGUUCGUACUAUCUUUGGUUCAGGUGAUUAAAUGCUAGAUUGUGUAGUCCUAAA